CCGAACCGGGGCCUUGCUGCUCAGAGCUGGCGUCCCAAGCCAACUCCUAACCAAUGCACCACUUGGCCAGCCCUCAAACCCAGUAUUUUCAAACUCUGUUGAAGCACUUGACUAACCUCAUUCCCUUUUUGGCCUGUAAGGCACUUUAGAAUUUCCUAACAGUGUACUGUUGUUUAGAAAUUUGCAAGGGUUUCUUUUCCGCAAAUGCGGAUAAUUUUGUCAACAAUGCUAUUGUCUCCUUUUAGUACCACCAGACUUAGACCUGCAUCAUUCAUGGUAUAAAUUUUACUCUUGCAAGAUAACUACCAUCUCUCUCUUAAAACAAGAUCAGUUUAGCAAAUGAUAUAAAAGCUUCAUUGUUGUUUUUCAAGACAAAAAGGCAAGCUUUCCAAAGCUUGAAUUUAUAGUUAUUAAAAAAGAAAACAAGAAAACCACCACAAGCCACAAGAAAAAAAAUAUCCUGGGCAAUAAAAAAUUAUUUUAAGCCAGCUUUGGAGCUACUUUUUGUCUAAGCCUCCUAAUGGCACCUUUUAAUUUAUAGGAGGUGGGCUGUAUAAAUGAUAGGUACGAAAUAGAGUAAGAAUUAAAAUACAUCAGCAGAUUUUAAUACUAAAGAAAAUUACAAUAUUUUUCAUAGCAAAGUGUAAGAAUUUCAUAAAUAUUCAUAAGUAUAUACUGAAAUGAUUUCUGAAAAUGCUCAAAAGAUGUCAUGAAGAAACCAGAAUUUAGACAUUUAAAUGUGGACUAAAAAACGAAUCUGAAUUCCUAUAGCAAGAGCCAGAUGUUUCCUCUGGUUUCAUUAAAUGCUGUAUCUUACUGAAUUAUGAAAUGAAACACAUUCAUUUUUCUUUGUGUAUAAAUGAGAUUUUAAAGUCAUUGACUUUGGUUAUAACUUUUAUAUAAAAUAAUCUUAAUAAAUAGGUUUGUUAAGGGCAAAUCAAUAGUUUUAGGAACCUCUCCAAAAGCUCUGAGUUUAAAAAAAUAAAACAAACUUCAGCUAAGAAGACUCCUUUCUUAUAGGGAAUCCUACAGUUCUAUUUUUCAUAGCGUUUAUAAACACCCCUCCCCAGGUAUCAUGUUUUUUCCAUUGCAUUGAGAUCUAAACAGAAGUGAUUUUUAAGCUUCUGACAUCUUAAAUAUAUUCUUGGGAACAGAUUAUUACAACUCUAGGGAAAAAGUAAAGCAAUCAGCACUCUGAAAGAGUGAUGCUUUGUUCGUAUUUUGGCCAUAGGUUUGCUUUAAGAAAUAGCACACUUGUCAGAAUGGAAGAAUUUAUCUGCCUUCUAAUUGAUGGGGUUCAGACCUAAGAUGGCGGACUAAAUAAACAUGGGAGACUGGAAUUUCCUUGGAGGCAUUCUGGAGGAAGUACACAUCCACUCCACCAUGACUGGAAAGAUCUGGCUCACCAUCCUGUUCAUAUUUCGAAUGCUUGUUCUGGGUGUAGCAGCUGGAAAUGUCUGGAAUGAUGAGCAGGCUGGCUUCAUCUGCAAUACAGAACAACUUGGCUGCAGAAAUGUAUGCUAUGAUCAGGCCUUUCCUAUCUCCCUCAUUAGAUACUGGGUUCUGCAGGUGAUAUUUGUGUCUUCACCACCCCUGGUCUACAUGGGUCAUGCUUUGUACAGACUGAGAGCUCUGGAGAAAGAGAGGAAGAGGGAGAAAGCUCAACUGAGAGGAGAACUGGAGGGGGUAGAGUUUGAAAUAUCUGGGAAUCAGAGGAUAUUGGAGUAAGAACUUUAUCAGCUGGAGCAAAGGAAGCUAAACAAAGUUCCACUGGGAACCUUGCUUUGCACUUAUAUGAUAUACAUUUUAGCUCGCUCUGUAGUUGAAGUUGGGUUAAUGAUUGGACAAUAUCUUUUAUAUGGAUGUCAUUUAGAGCCUCUAUUUAAAUGCCAUGGCCACCCAUGUCCAAAUAUAACUGAUUGCUUUGUCUCAAGACCAACAGAAAAGACAAUAUUUCUAUUAUUUAUGCAAUCCACCACUGUUUCACUUUUCUUAAAUGUUCUAGAAAUUUUCCACCUAGGCUUUAAAAAGAUUAAAAGAGGGCUUUGGGGACAAUAUAAAUCAAAGGAUGAGCAUAAUGAAUUCUAUGCGAAUAAGUCAAAACAAAAUCUUGCCAAAUAUCAGAGCACAUCUGCAAAUUCACUGAAGAGACUGUCUUCUGCACCUGAUUAUAAUCUGUUAGUGGAAAAGGAAACACACACAGCAGUGUACCCUAGUUUAAAUUCAUCUGCAUUUCAGGCAGAUCCUAACAAUCACAAUGGAAAUGAUGAAAAAUGCAUUCUGGAUCAACAGGAAACUGUGCUUUUUAAUGAGAUGUGCACACUUAGUCAUAUUCAAUAUAUCAGCUCAAGUACUAAUGAAGACACUCAUAAAGUAUUUGGAAAAGAAGUUGAUGGUAACCAGUUAAGGGAAAAAAGAGAAACUGAUGGCAAAGACAGCAAAAGGAACCAAUACUCUAGAGGUUACUGUUCUAGUCCAGGUUUUACUACAGAUCUGAACAUGGGGCGGUCACCCCAGACAGCUUUCUCCUUGCCAGCUAACAGCACUGGGAAACCGAGGUGACUUCGUGCUACAUGGAGUCCCUCUAUAGAAGACGAAAACUGGGCGUACCCUCCUAAAGAUAACCUCAAGGGCCAGUUCAGAGAGGGCACAAUCAGAGCCACUCCUUUACAAGGGGACUUUCAACCAGCUUACAUUCCAGACAAUCCUGGUUCUUCAGGAGACUUGUCCUGUGGAUCUGAGUUGGUCACAACCUGCAAUAAUCCUACCGCUUGUCCUCCAAAUCAUUUAGUGUUAAUGACAACCUCAUUAGUAGGCACUCCCACAGACCUUCAGAUCUGAACAGCUGUUGAAUUUUAGACAUUCUGCAUAUAUUAUUAUAGAAGCAGCCUAGUGGUGGCGGAGCAUAGACAGAACAGAUAAGGACAGCUCAAAAGACCACCUUAAGAUGGACAACUGCAAACUCAUUUCAAAAAAGGGAAAACAGCUCAA